AUGGGGAAGAGCCGGCAGCGACGGGCGAAGUGCGCGGUGCUGCGACUGCUGCUGUUGGUGAGUCUGAGUCUCGGAGUGGCUCAAAAGGCCUGGGUUGGCCCGGCACGGGUUCCGGCAGGGGGGGCGGCAUCGCCUCGGUCGCCUCGGUUUAAACGAGGAAGGAUCCAAGCACGCAGCUGGAGAGUCGGUCCACUUGGCCCAGUUGAAAGCGCCGCGGCUUUCCGGAUUUAUUAUCUGCCUUUUGUGGAGCCUCUCGACAUCGAUGGUAACCUCCUGGACCAGCUCUUCGGCGGUUGGUUUGGGCCUGUGGCUCCUCUGUUGCUGGGUGUUCUGGUCUUCUGGAUCCAAGGCCAGAUCAACGCAGUUCGCCGGGAGCAGGAAGGAAAAGUCUUAAGCAAAGCCGCCAAAGCGGUUGGCUCUGCAGCCAGCGGCGCUGCCAGCAGCGCAGCUCUUAGCCUCUCGGAGAGGCUCUCGUCCUUACCGAAGGAGCAGUGGCUGAAGCUGCUCAUCUGCUUGGCCAUCGACCUUGCCGGUGAUGCCACCUUCUUGCUCCCAGGUUUGGGGGAGUUCGGAGAUGUGGCUUACGCGCCUCUGGAAGCCUUUGCCCUGCGCUUCUUGUUCGGUGGCACUGGGCUUUCUGUCCUCGGCUUCUUCGAGGAAGCUCUGCCCUUCACUGAUGCCUUGCCCACCGCCACAACCGGUUGGGUUCUUCAAACGCUCUUCAGCGACUCUCCCGUCGCCAACCUCCUGGGAGUCCAGCCAUUGCAGCAGGCCGAGAAGAAGCCGUGA